CCUGAGCCCAGCGCCAAGCAGCCGCCGCCGCAGCAGCAGCCAGAGCCCCCUCCGGAUCCCUCCUCCCGCGAGGAGACGUGCCACUUCCUCAAUGCUAUCUUCCUCUUCCUCUUCAGGGAGCUCAGGGACACGGCCCUGGUCAGGAACUGGGUCACCAAGAAGAUCAAGGUGGAGUUCGAGGAGCUGCUGCAGGCUAAGAUGACCGGGAAGGUGUUGGAGGGGCUCAGCCUCAGGGAUGUCUCUCUCGGUAACGUCCUGCCCAUCUUCAAAGCUGUCAAGCUCAUUCGGCCGGUGGUCUGCAAUGAAGAGGGCUGCCCAGAGGAGCUGGGGUUUGAGGUAGACCUGGAGUACAACGGUGGCUUCCACUUGGCCAUUGAUGCUGAUCUGGUCUUUGGCAAGUCGGCCUACCUCUUUGUCAAGAUCUCCCGGGUGAUGGGGAAGCUGAAGCUGGUCUUCACGCGCCUGCCCUUCACACACUGGUCCUUCUCUUUUAUGGAUGACCCUGUGAUAGUGUUCGAAGUGAAGUCUCAGUUUGAAGGGAGGCCCAUGCCUCAGCUCACUUCCAUCAUUGUGAACCAGUUCAAGAAAGUGAUUAAGCGCAAGCACACCUUACCCAAUUAUAAAAUCAGGUUCAAGCCAUUUUUUCCAUUUCAAGUAUUGCCACCUGAUGAAUAUGAAGACAGAGACCUCUGUAUACAGGAUUUUCUAUUGACAGAAGGCCGACUAAAAGUCACAUUAAUUGAAUGCACAAGGUUACUGGUGUUUGGAUCCUAUGAAAGAGAAACAAACGUUCAUUGCACAAUGGAGCUGAGCAGUAAUGUUUGGGAAGAAAAAUCAAGAAGUUCUAUUAAAACGGCAGAACUAGUGAAAGGGAAUCUGCAGAGUGUUGGGCUCACGCUCCGCCUUGUGCAGUCCAAGGAAGAUGACGCAGGGCAUGUUGUCAUUGAGACCGUGACUCCAAACUCACCUGCUGCAGCUGCUGAUCUGCAGAGGGGGGACAGACUUCUAGCGAUUGGCAGUGUUAAAAUCACAUCAACUGUCCAGGUGUUGAAGCUUAUUAGACAGGCUGGGGACAGAGUUUUAGUCUUUUAUGAAAGGCCUGUUGGGUAUAAUCAGCAUGGUUCAGCACUGCAGGAUGGAUUUGGACAACUGGAAGACACUGCUUUCUUGACACAGCCGGAAGAUGACCAAGCUAGCUUAUCAGCUGAUGUUGACAACAGAGAUUUUGAUUCUGAAUUUGAGGACUUAGCUUGCGAAUCACCUGACCAAAAAGAAGAUCUGCCAACGACUCAGAGUCCCAAACGUUCAGUAGUAAUACUUGCUGCUAAACCGCUUGGAACUAUAUCUCCGAUUCUGAAUCGCAAACUGCAUUUAGGUUAUCAGACGGCGUCAAAAACGCAACCAAAAGAAGGAGCUAAAGCGGCAACAUCCAAAGCGACUGAGGGUUCAGAUGCAUCCCAGCAGUCAGGUAAACAAUCGCAGGGAUCCAGCACUAAGCCUCCCGUGCCACCUCGGCCACAAAGCAAGCCUGUUUUGCCUACUAGCGAAGCUCAAAAUCUCUUGGAAGCUGGAAGUGUAUCCUCUGAAAAACCAGAGAGGCCACCUCCACCUGCAAAUAAUGGAGAGAAAUGCAUGGAGAAGGUAGUGAAGAAUAACGAUCAAAUAGAAGACCCAGCGGUACCAAAAGUAAUAACGGCCCCAAAACAGGAUACAUUAAAAGAUGGACUUUCUGAAAACGCACGUAGUUACAAAGACAGUGGAGAUGAUCAUCGAACAUGGGAAUCACCAGAAAUUCCUUAUAAAAUCCGGCAAGGCCGAUGGCCAAGGACGAGAACAUCCUCCUGCCUCUUUGAAGUAGAAGGAUACCAUAAGUACCUUAAUGUUGCACUGUGGUGCAGGGACCCUUUCAAAGCAGGUGGGUUUAUCUGCUUAGGAUAUGCAAGCAUAAAACUUGAGGAAAUUGCUUUAGAUUGUAUAGCUACAUCCUCAAUGGAAUAUAUUAGAACGUUUAAACUGGAUGCUCCCACACCGAAAGCAGCAGUCACUAGAACAGCAUUGCGGAAUUUGACAACCCAUAAGGGAUUCAAUGAAAAAUUUUGUUAUGGAGAUGUAACUUUACACUUCAAAUAUUUAAAAGAAGGUGAAGUAGAUGAUGCAAACUUUCUCCUGGAAAAGGAAAGGGAAUGUCACGUGGAAGAAGAAGCUCGUGCACUGCAGAAAGAGGAUCCUUACUUGGGACAAAUUGUUCUUACGGAGAACAAGCAUAACUUCCAAGAUACUCAGUUUCAGAAUCCAACUUGGUGCGAUUACUGCAAAAAGAAAGUCUGGACUAAAGCUGCUUCUCAGUGCAUGCUUUGUGCUUACGUUUGCCAUAAAAAAUGUCAAGAAAAAUGCCUAACCGAGACGCCCUUUUGUGUAGGAGCUGAAAAGCGACUUGAUCGAACUGCGGGCGGUUGCAGAGCAGAAGGACAGGAAGCUCCCCAAGCCGCCGCCUCUCGUGUGGAUUCGGAAUCGAAAGCCGUUAACAGAACUACGGGGUUGACCAGGCACAUCAUCAAUACAAGCACCCGUUUGUUGAACCUGCGGCAGGUCCCCAAAGCUCGCCUCUCUGAGCAAGGAACGGAGGGGGUAGAACCUUCGCCGAAGCACACACCAAACACGUCUGACAAUGAAAGUAGCGAUACUGAAAUCAGUGGGCCCAGCAGCCCCUCAAAACGGGCAGGUUCGGGGAUAAAGCUGGUCCGAAAGGAGGGGGGUCUAGACGACAGCGUCUUUAUUGCCGUUAAAGAAAUUGGUCGUGAUCUCUACAGAAGUUUACCCACGGAGGAGCGUUUUCAGAAAUUAGAAUUUAUGUUGGAUAAGCUCCAGAACGAGAUAGACCAGGAGCUGGAAAAUAAUAAUUCACUGGUCAAAGAAGAAAAAGAUACCUCCGACGCAAGGAAAAAAGCCUUGGUUUCUGCUGCACUGGCGAAGUCGGGUGAAAGACUGCAGGCCCUCACGCUGCUGAUGAUCCACUACAGAGCAGGCAUCGAGGACAUCGAGUCUCUGGAGAACAUGUCCUUAGAGCGGCAGUCCAAAAGAGUGACUAAAGAUUCGGAGGACGCCAAUACGGCGGAAGAAAUGGAUAACGAGGAUGUCAGUCUGACGGAGGCUCCAACAUUCAGCAUCAUAUCAGAAGAACCGGUUGAUCCACCUCCAUCAGUAGACUGA